AUGGCGAGCGUAUUUGUGCGCAAUCUGCCGUUUGGCGUGACGCAGGAGGAACUGGAGCACGUGUUCAGCGAAAUCGGCCCCGUUAGGAAGAUCGAUGUCAUCAAGGAUAAGGGCAAACGCAAGAGCGAGAUGCUCACGCGCGGAUUCGCCUUCGUGAAGUUUGCCGUGGAGAGCGAUGCAGCGGUGGCCGUCGAGAAACUUAACAAAACGGACUUCCAGGGACGCAAGAUGCUCAUCGGUGUGCUUGCUAGGCUUAAUAAAGACCUGAAAGCAUUGACUGACCAUUUCAAUGCUUUGAUAGACUAUGCUAUGGAGAAGGGAAAGCGUCGUGGACUGCCUGGAAAGGAGAAACCUGCUACUGAUGAACCCAAGCAGGACGAGAAAGAACAGGAGGAUGUACCGAUGGGGCAACCUGCACUGCCAGACGAGGUUGAGAAGGCCACGCAGGAGCGGAAGGCUGCGAAAGAAGCGCGUCGCGCUGCUAAGGCUGCCCAGAAAGCAGCGAAAGCAGAGGCCAAAGCUAAGAAAGAGACCGAGGAGAUACCGAUCGCAGCUGAACUGGAAGAGAAGACUGAACCCAAACAGGAACCCAAGGUUGAGCUCUCGCCUGCCGCUCCCGCUGCUGACUCUGCUGCUUCUUCUAGCCACGUACAGAGUGAGCGAAACGCGCGUCGUCGUCAGCACCGCGAGUUCUUGCGCGAUGUGGAGCGUCGUAAGGAGGAAGAGGCCAGUGUGGAGCAAAAGUCGGUCCUGGUCUUCGGUCUGGGCGCUGAUGUGACCCAAAAGCAUGUGCUUAAAAAAGUCAAGAAGGUUGGCGCUGUAGCGAAGGUUGAACUGAAGGAGGAGACUCGCACCGGCAAGACGUACGCCUUGGUGCAGUUUAAAACGACGAAGGACGCAGCUCUGGCUGUUGCAAAGUUGGAUCACCACAUCUUCAAGGGAUCCGUGCUGCAGGUCAAGAUUGCCGCGAAGGCCGUGGUGGUCGAUGAUAAGGAAGCUGCUGGCAAGCCUGGUCUCCCGAAGCGAGCUGUCGAGACUGAGGGAUUGCGUCUUAUAGUACGCAACUUGGCGUUCCAGACCACUGACACGGACCUGGAGAAGCUCUUCGAGGUGCAUGGUCCGCUGUUCGAGGUUCGCGUCGUGCGUAUGCCCGUGGAAGAGGACACGAAGGAGAGCGAGGAGGCCGAUGGAGAGACGAACGCUGAGCCGGUACUUGGUCGCAGUCGUGGCUUCGGUUUUGUGCAAUACCGUGAUGUGGCUGACGCUCGUGCAGCUGUGGAGAAACUCAAUGGAACGAAACUCAAGGGCAGAGAGAUGAUUGUCGACUUUGCGCUGUCCAAAACCAAGUAUCUUGAACAGCAGAAGAAACACGAGGAGGAGGCAGUGGCUGCUACGGAAGGAGACGAGGAGGACGAAGAGGCUAAUAGCGGAGACGAAGAUGAAGAUCAGCUCGAAAUGGCUACGGACGGUGAGGCUGGCGCUGGAUCUGAAGACUCGGACGAAGAGGAUGGAGAGGAGGAGGAGGAGGAGGAAGCUGCUUCUGCUCCCAGGGAGGACACAGAGGCCCAACGUGAUCGCACACUGUUUAUCCGCAAUCUGUCCUUCCAGACGUCAGAGGACGGACUGCGCGAAUUCUUUCAGGCUUUCGGUGCUGUCGAGUAUGCCCGUGUAGUGUACGAGAAGGGCUCCGGGCUGUCCAAGGGCGUUGGCUUCGUUCGCUUUAAAUCGGCUGACGUGGCUGCAGAAGUUCUGAAGCGUGGGGAGCAACCGCAAGGUGACGAGAAGAAGAAGCACAAGAAGGAUAAGAAGAAGAAGGAUAAGGUGUUCACGCUGUCUGCGUUGGCGGCCGGUGGCGAUGAUGCCUUGACUCUGGACGGCCGUCAGCUUCUUCUGUCCCGUGCUGUGUCCAAGACGGACGCUGAGCAUUUGGCUGACUCCAAUGCCCGUGAACGUCGUCGUUUGGACAAGCGUAACUUGUAUCUGGCAUACGAAGGCACGCUUAACGUCAACAAGAUGGCAGAUGCCGAGCUGGAGCUGCCAAAGAUGGACAUUGACAAGCGUCGUCGCGCCAUCCGCGAGAAGAAGCUGAAGCUCCAGAACCCCAUGUACUUCGUGUCGCCCAUGCGUCUCUCUGUUCGUAACUUGUCGACUGCGCUGGACGACCGUAAGCUCAAGAAGCUUUUUCAUGACGCAGCAAGUGCUGGCGUUUGUGCUGGUAACGUGGAUCGCACCGAGAUUAAACCAGAGUUGCUUCCGAAGGGGAACCCUCCGGUCAAAGUCCGUAUGGCCAAGGUGGUGCGUGACAUGGAGUCUGCCAAGGCUGGAAAAGAUCCGCGUUCGCGUGGCUACGGCUUUGUGGAGUUUUCCGAGCAUUUGCACGCUCUGGCCGCUCUGCGUAUCCUCAACAACAACCCCAAGUACACGUCGUACGCUGCUGGCCGAGGGCCUGCUUCUGGAGCUCCUGACAGCACAAAAUCACGUCUCAUUGUGGAGUUUGCUCUGGAGAACCACGGGAAACUUAAGCUGCGUGAAAAGCGAGCUGCCGACGCUGCUAAGAAGCGCGAGGAGGAGCGUGCGUUGCAGGAAGCACAGGGCGAGGACGGUGACGACGCUGAAAAAGCCAAGAAGAGCCGUGGACAGCGUCAGCGCGAGAAGAAGAAACUGCGCUCACAGGCGAAGGCCGAAGCAAAGGCGGAGACGGAUCAGGGCAAGACACAGAAGUCCAAGAAGACAGCGAAGGUUGAAAAGGUGGUGAAGCAGCAGCUCAAGAAGCGGAAACGUGUUGAGCCUCCGCGCGGUGAUGCUGCAGAUGACGCUUUGGCCUCUCUUGAGACCGCUCACAUGGCCAAGAAAGGCAAGACGUUGUCUCGUAGUCAGCGAAAGCACGCGAAGGAGUUGGAGAAGGAGAAAUCGUUCGACGAGAUGGUGCGUAGCUACAAGAAGAAGAUUUUUGGUGAGAAGCCUGUGGUGGCAAAGGGGGACGAUAGCACCAAGAACUCCGACCGCUGGUUUGACUAG